AUGGACCCCCUGCCUCCUUCCCUCCCAUUGCAGGCUGAUGGCAACACUUUGGCUUUGAACUCUGGACAAGUGCCAAUAGUGCAUUACAAUGACGCAGGAGGAAGAGGAGAGGGUCAAGAUGCAGGACUAACUGUAACUUCAUCUGCUCAUGCAACUUCCAGGUUGAGCCCAGGUGAGCAAUUUCGGAGCCCACCCCUCUCCCAGUGCCACACCAAGGGCAAGAAGGACGCCAGGAGCACGGGCUGCAAUCUCAUCACCAUCUGCCACUCAGGAUUAAUCUUUCCCUGGAUGAAUUCGCGGACAAGUGACGCCCAGCAGUCUGUCAGCAGUAGUGAGGCUGGUCCUCUGGGAAGAGGCAGUCACAGCAUCCGCAGGGAGAGGACGGCCUUCACCAACAGCCAGCUGCUGGAGCUGGAGAAGGAGUUUCACUUCAGUCCAUACCUGUGCAGGCCACGCAGGAUGCAAAUGGCUGCUGGGCUCAAACUUACAGAUCGCCAGGUUAAGAUCUGGUUUCAGAACCGCAGGAUGAGAUACAAGAAGGAACAGAAACUCACAAGGGGCCAGUUCCAGCGUAUGUCCAGCUUUUGUCCACUCAAGAUUCCAAAUGCUAUAUCAUCUUCACCUGAGUUUCACUCUUUGAACUUUGCAACCAUGCCAUCCACACUCUGCUCCUAUGACGGGGCCCACAGCAGUGGUCAGAGCAGUCUAGGAGACUUUCCUAAUAUGAACUGCAACCUGCUAUCUUUUGAAAAUGGGCAUGAAUCCUCCUGUGCAGCUAUAGACAGUCAUGACACCACUACUCUUUUAAACUGGCCAUAAAGCACUAUAGCGCCAUAAUAUCCCCCUUUGCAUUCAUCUAUGUCUCAGUGAAACACCCAUAUCAACAAUAAAGCUGAAAAAACUCAUCAAAAUGGCUAUUCUGAAAUGUAAUGGGAAUGAGGCGGCGUGACAAACCCCUUUCGCAGAAAUAGACUCUCAACAAUGUUUGUACAUAGAUUUCAAGUUUCUUAAUUUUGUGUUUUUAAGUUAAAGUUUCCUUGAGCACUUAAAAAUGAAUUCUUCAUACUGUGAAUGUUACAUUAGACACCUUUUUCAUCACAGUAAAUGAAAAGAAAUUUUGUGUAAAAUGUUUUUUCAGUGGAAUGUUCAAACUAAUAAUGUAUUUUUGUUACAGCUAUUUGAUGCGGUUCUUGAUUAAUUGAGAUGUC